AUGGCUAAGGAUAUCCAGAUAUCUGCUUCUGAAUCAAAGUUCAUCUUGGAGGCGUUGAGGCAAAAUUAUAGACUGGAUGGACGAUCCUUUGAUCAAUUUAGAAAUGUUGAUAUUAGUUUCGGUAAAGAGUACGGCGAUGUUACCGUGGUUAUGGGAGGAACGAAGGUACAGUGUAGAAUCAGCUCCUCUAUUACUCACCCUUACGAAGAUAGACCAUUCGAGGGACUCUUUUUAAUCUCGACAGAGUCAUCACCAAUGGCAGGACCGCAAUUUGAAAACGGAAACAACACCGGAGACGAAGAGGUACUUUGUGCAAGAAUUAUCGAGAAAGCAGUCAGAAGGUCCGGUGCGCUGGAUAUCGAAGGCCUAUGUAUCGUGGCAGGAAGUAAGUGCUGGGCUAUUAGAGCGGAUGUUCAUUUCUUGGACUGUGACGGUGGCUUUAUAGAUGCUUCAUGUAUUGCUGUGAUGACGGCGCUACUACACUACAAAAAGCCCGAUAUCACGGUGCUUGGUGACAGAAUUACCGUACAUCCAGUUGACGAAAGAGAACCGGUUUCGUUGGGCAUUUUACAUAUACCAAUUUGUGUUACCUUUUCAUUUUUCAAUCCGCAGGAUACGGAAGAGAAUAUCAAAGGUGAUUCCAAUGCUGAAAUUGCAAUUAUAGAUGCAACUUUGAGAGAAGAGUUACUCAGAGAUGGUACGCUUACGGUGACUCUAAACAAAAACCGUGAAGUUGUUCAAGUUUCGAAAGCUGGUGGAUUGCCAAUGGAUGCACUUUCCUUAAUGGAAAAUUGCCAUAAGGCCUACACUAUUGCAGAAAAAACUACUGACCAGAUCCUAGAGGAAUUGAAGAAAGAUGAAAAAAAACGAAACAAGUAUGCUGAAAUCUUAAGUUCUGAGAACAAUCGCGAAUCCUAA